CUCUCUCUCUCUCUCUUUCUUUCUGACGUACACAUAGGCGUACGCUCGUCGCCCUUUUGGGUUGUUGAUAUCGUCAAAUGACCUCGUGCUAAUCGGCAUCGACAUGUCCGUGAUGAAGAGAUUGGCGCACGGCUCUCGUUUGAUCAGGCUUUGGUCGGAGCUCGCAGCGCCGAAUUAGUGGGUUCUCUUCUUCUCUUCGCUAUUUUUGGCUAUCUACCGUCCCAUGGAGCUUCGUCUGUUAUUUUUCCGGCCCUGGGGAGUUUACUCGACCCAUUCCCCAAUCUACUGCACUGCCCAAGUAUUGUAAUUGAUCGUACUGAAGAUGUUACUGUUAGAUUCUUUUCAUGAUCCUUCGAAGAAUGGCCACACGACCCCACCGCCUCAUGUCUAGACGAGCACCACCAAAGAGCCUCUUUAUUCUACUUCUGAUCAUUGUUCCUAUCUGUCUACUUGGGGUAUUCACUUAUGGCCAGAAAAUAUCAUACUUUCUCCGUCCACUUUGGGACAAUCCACCAACCCCUUUCCAACGCAUACCUCACUAUUAUGCAGAGAAUGUGUCGUUGGAGCAUCUGUGUCGCCUUCAUGGCUGGUCUGUUCUCCCCCAGCCUCGGCGGGUGUAUGAUGCUGUAAUUUUCAGCAAUGAGCUAGAUAUGCUCGAAAUAAGGUGGCGUGAGCUCUACCCCUAUGUCACUAAAUUCGUGAUUCUUGAGUCUAAUACCACAUUCACAGGCAUUCCAAAGCCUCUAUUUUUUGCUUCAAACCGUGCUCAAUUUGCUUUUGCUGAAGGGAAAAUUGCCCAUGAUACAUUUUCUGGUCGAGUUGCUAAUCGUGGAUCACAUGAAGACCCAUUUAAGCUUGAGUCCGAGCAACGGGUGGCUAUGAAUGGGUUACUUCGCCGAUCUGGAAUUGCAUAUGGUGACUUAUUGAUAAUGUCCGACACUGAUGAGAUUCCGAGCCCCCAUACUUUGAAAAUGUUGCAGUGGUGUGAUGAGAUCCCACCUGUAAUGCAUCUGGAACUAAGGCAUUACAUGUAUUCUUUCGAGUUUCCGGUGGACUACAGCAGUUGGCGAGCCACUGCCCAUAUCUAUGGCCCAAGGACCCAUUAUCGGCACUCACGCCAAACCGAUCUAAUAUUUUCUGAUGCAGGAUGGCAUUGCAGCUUUUGCUUCCGGAGAAUCCGAGAGUUUAUAUUUAAGAUGACUGCUUAUAGCCAUGCAGACCGAGUCAGAAGGAAGGAUCACCUGAGCUACCCGAGGAUUCAAAAGCUCAUUUGUCAGGGAGACGAUCUUUUCGACAUGCUUCCUGAAGAGUACACGUUCCAGGAGAUGAUCAAGAAGUUGGGUCCAAUUCCCCGUUCAGCUUCUGCAGUUCACCUUCCCGCGUAUGUCAUAGCGAAUGCAGAAAAAUUCAAGUUUCUUCUUCCCGGGGGCUGUGUAAGAAGUCCAGACUGAAACCUUCCAGGCUAAUGUAGCAAUGCUGUCGAUGCAUGACCACUGUUGAUUUCAACUAUAGAUUGGACUGGCUCGAUAUUUUCAUGCGAGGAUGUAGACUCUGUAGAUCUUUAGGGUUGAUAGCAAAAGGACUGCUAUGGACAGUCGCGCCCUGACAUGACUGCUGAUCUGGUCCUUCAGUUGCCAUGGAACCCGCUGUUGGACCAAUGAAUACAGAGCAAUGCCACCGUCCCUAGCCCCUUUUGUAGCUUUGUAGCUAGUUCAGGUCUAGUUCAGCUCGUGUUUAAGAAUUGUUUCAGACAGGAAUGUCGAUAGCCUAUUCAGAUCGAGCUAUGCCCGCAAUUCGUCAAGAAGUGAAACAGCUGAAACCAUUUGAAAUGCCGUAUCUUUAGCUAAUUAAUAAAAGGCGCCAUCGUGCUAA